AUGAGUCGAGAUGCCAAUUCCACUCAAGAAGUCUUGAAAGAUGCAAACGAAAGACUCCAAAGCGCUGGAACUGCAGUAGCGGACUCGAAUGAAUUUGAAAUGGAUGAUUUCAAUAUAGAAGAAGCCGACCAUGCGGAUGGUACGACGGGAAUCGAAGGAGACCCCAAAAAAGAGCAAUGGCUUUACUUAAAGAGUUCUAAUGCUUUUAUGAGAACUGUACGAAGGAUUUGGUACGGACCGGAGGUUCCCGAAGACCUAGCACCUUCGUUUCCUGGAAAAUGGAAGUUUACCGAAAAGAUUGACAAGUUUCCCAUGGUGGGACUCCGAAAAAGGUUUUCUUGGAGCAUCAGAACGAUGAUAAUGGUGGUGUAUGUAUGCAUAUGGAGUGCUCUUAUGUGCGCUUUUAUUCAGUAUUACUACAUCAAACCGCCGGUCUUCUACCGGAACGAUGGAACGCAAAUUCCAGUGAGGACACUGACUUGCCAGUCUACGUUGUUUUGGAAAGGUAAAAACAACGAGUGUGGAAUAAAUGCCUCCCAAUGCUUACCAUUUGAAGACGAGGAAGUAUACAUUCGCUGUCCAGCACUGUGUGAUCGCGGUUCUUGGACCUAUUCAGCCAUCAACGUCGGAGACGAAAGAAUUAAAUACACGGGUUUCGAGGUGGGAGGAGGAGAGCUACGUGAGGGUGAAAAGCUUUCGCAUCCUUAUAGGGCAGACUCUUUUGCGUGUGGGGCAGCUGUUCAUGCUGGGAUUGUCUCACCAUUUACCGGCGGUUGUGGACGAGUGGUAAUGACCGGCGAACAAGAAGCCUUUGAUCCCGAAAAAGGACACUUUAACACCGGCAUGUCGGUUGGGUUUGACUCCUUUUUUCCAUCUUCUUUUGAGUUCAGAAAACUGCUCAACGGCUACGGUUCAAGAUGCUAUGAUCCGCGCAUACCGGUAUUGGUUGCAAAUAUAGUGCUCAGUGUACCAGUAUUCUACCUUUGCGAAGGUUUGUACGGUUACUGGAUACUUACUAUUGCUGGAUACGUGACCCUUGUCUUCUUCCUGGACCCUCCGCUAAUCGUCGACCCUUACGAUAGUGAGGCCUUUUCCCCAUUAUUGAGUCUAGCCUUUCAACGGUUUUUACCACUCGCAUUUGUCUUGUACGUUCUAUGGAAAUGCUCCGUGCGGAGAACGCUUACGAACGGAUCCCCGCUCGCCAAGGCAGUUUGCUGGUUCCCAACGUUUUGGCUUGGAGUAAUGAACAAUGUGACGUUUGACAGGUUGCCCGUUGACCGACUAACUAUCACGGACUUGAAAGAGCAAGCUGGUUCUUUUCUGGCUGUUGGCUCCAUAAUAGCGACUAUAGUGUCGUGUGCGGUGGUUCAGGCGUAUUCACUUUGGAAAUCUGGCAGGUUCAGAAAAUAUUUGUGCAUCUAUCUCGCAUUCAUAACAGCUCUAUUUGCCUUGAGCCAACUGCCUGGUCUCUCUCUCAGAAUUCACCACUAUAUUCUGGGAAUACUACUCGUCCCGGGAUGCGCGACAAGAGGCACUUCUGCAUAUCUAUUCCAAGGAAUUCUCGUAGGUCUUGUUCUUUCAGGAGUUAGCAGAUGGGAUUUUGCAAGCAUUGUGGAAACAAGAGUCGCACUACUGAGAGGUGAGGCCGGCAGCUCAUGGGACCCGCCAACGCUCGAUUACAACCAGAACUAUCCCAACUUUAUUUCAUGGAGCUUUCCUAAUGCUACUGAGGUUCAAAAUGGCGACUUAAAUGCCUUUUCUCUACUCAUCAAUGAUGUCGAACGUCACGUCGGUACAAACACAACCGUUGAUCUGGCCGCAUUGAUACAACAAGAUGCUAAACUUGCGAGGUGGGCUGACAACUCGAUUACUUCCAAAGGCUUCGCUAAAUUGUACCUCAGGGUAGCCAGAACCUCAGAAGACCGUUCACUAGAAUUGAAUGGUGACUACACAAAUGCCGCCGUAUUGGAGUGGCCACAAGGACGCUAUCAAGAACCUGAGCCAGGUGUCUCAUAG